CAACACAACACAGCUGAUUGAUUGUUGAACUUGAAAGCGGUAGUCCUGUUUACGUAAACGCAAUGACUUAUUAUGUUUAAAUUAUUAAAUUGUGCGUCUAUAUUAAAUAAGUUAGAGAUUCGUACCUUGUGGCUUAGAAGUAUAAGUAAAACAUUAGAAAUGGAAGGAUACGUAAUGACAGAGUCCGGUAACAUCCGACCCAUUGUGACCCCAGAAAAAAAGUCGCCGACGAAACGAACGAACUUUGUAGGCAUAUCACCUCAGAGAGAGCUCACAAAUAUCCGUACACCGACGGAUCGGCCGUUCAGAGUGUCAGUGGAAGGUAACAUUGGAGCCGGCAAAUCCACAUUGAUCAAGUAUUUCUCACAUUUGCCUGGAAUUGAAACAUAUCCAGAACCGAUCAAUUGGUGGAGAAACUUGGACGGGCACAAUCUUCUGGAGUUGUCAUACUUGGAUCGCGACAAAUGGUUGAAUACAUUUCAGAUGUAUGUGCAGUUGACCCGACUGAAAGUUCAGACUACCGUUCCUCAAAGUACAACCACAGUGCAGAUGUUCGAGAGGUCAUUGCAAAACAAUCGGUACUGUUUCGUCGAGCAGGCAUUUAAGAGUGGAGCGCUUCACGGAGCAGAUUACACUAUUAUUGACGAGUGGUACAAAUGGGCGAAAAAUAAUUGUGAUAUUGACCUAGACUUGAUAGUUUACCUAAAAAGCACGCCUGAAGUUGUUUACGAACGAAUGAAGGCUCGUAAACGGCCGGAGGAAUCGAGUGUACCAUUAGAAUACUUGAAAGAAUUGCAUGAUAGCCAUGAACAGUGGCUUAUGACUGACGAUAUCAGCUUCAAUUCCAUUCCAGUUUUAGUCUUGGAUGCGAAUAAAACCUUAGAAGAGAUCAUGGAGCAGUACAAGAUUAAUGAGAGUAAAAUUCUUGGCAAUGAGAAAAAACGACGGUCUGUGGUGGAGAAGAGCGAGAAGGAACGUGUUAAAAGAGUUCUGAAUUUGUAAUUUUUGAAUUUUGAUUUUGUUUUAAUAUGUGGGACCUCAUGCCAGGGACAGAGACUGUUAUCGUUUAUAAAAUUUUAAAUUACUUUUAAGUUCAAUGUAAUUUAUAGUAAAGAUAGAAUAAUUUAUUUUUCCUUGAAUAUUUCUGGAAAA